UCUUAAAUUUCAAUAAAUGCAGAUUUCCAACAAUUUACUCCUAAUUAUCUGCUGCCUAUAUAUAAUGUAGUAAACCUGAGCUUGUAUUCCAUCAUUAUUCACCUUCUCAUCCAGUAAUAUUCCUUCUCCGUCUAAUUGCCUAUCAUGGAGUCACAGUUCUCGCUUUCCAUCAUCACCGUCCUCCUCUUAUCUUCGUUGGCUUUGGCGGCAGCCAGUAGGCCGAGAAAGAGCGGCGCAGCUCCAUGCGAUUUCCCCGCAAUUUUUAACUUCGGCGAUUCUAACUCCGACACCGGCGGUUUGUCUGCCGCAUUCGGCCAGGCCGGUCCACCUAGCGGUGAGACCUUCUUCGGACAUCCCGCCGGACGAUACUCCGAUGGCCGUCUCGUCAUCGACUUCAUCGCACAAGGUCUGGGAUUGCCGUAUUUAAGUGCAUUCCUUGACUCUGUUGGGAGCAACUUCAGUCAUGGAGCUAACUUUGCCACCGCAGGAUCGACAAUCAGACCUCAAAACACUACUCUUCGUCAGGGUGGUUUCAGUCCAAUUUCCCUUGAUGUUCAAUUCACUCAGUUCUCCGAUUUUCAUCGAAGAUCCCAAUUCGUUCGCUCCCAAUCAGGUGGUGUCUAUGAAAAAUUAUUGCCGAAGGAUGAAUACUUUUCACGCGCAUUGUACACAUUUGAUAUUGGUCAGAACGAUCUUACCGCGGGAUACUUCUCCAACAUGACAACCGACCAAGUACGAGAAUUUAUACCGGAAGUGAUCGAUCAAUUUAAGAAGAUAGUGAAAUAUAUAAAUGAUCAAGGAGGGAGAUAUUUUUGGAUACAUAAUACAGGACCAGUAGGGUGUUUAGCAUAUGUGAUGGAUCGUUUACCAAUAUUGGCACCACAAGUUGACAAAGCUGGAUGUGCUUCACCUUUCAACCAAGUGGCUCAGGAAUUCAAUCGUCAAUUGAAAAUGGCUGUGACCCAAUUAAGAAGAGAUUUACCAAUGGCUGCAAUCACAUACGUUGAUGUCUACUCAGUCAAGUACUCGUUAAUUAGCCAAGCAAGAAAACAUGGAUUUGAAGAGUCAUUGAGAGCUUGCUGUGGUCAUGGUGGGAAGUACAAUUACAACAGGAACGUGGGGUGUGGAGGGAAGAAGAUGGUGAAAGGGAAAGAGGUAUUGAUAGCAGGAUCGUGUAAGGAUCCGUCAAAAUAUAUAAACUGGGAUGGAGUACAUUACACGGAAGCUGGGAAUAAAUGGGUGUAUGAUCACAUUGUCGAUGGCUCCUUUUCUGAUCCUCCUCUAGCUUUACACAUGGCAUGCCAUAGGAAUUAGUUACCAACUCAUGUAACCUUUUCUAAAUUAUUUUUAAUUUUAUUACUGGAUGCUUUUUUCAAAACU